AAAUUUCAGCUUUGAUCACCUUGAAGAAAUACAUAAUUUCUGAAAAUUCAAAAGACAAAAAGAAAAUGAAGGUGCAUUUUUUCAUCCUCCUUUUGAUAAUCUCAUGGUUGUCGAAGAAGAUUAAUUCUCUUCCUCCUGAAUCUCGAGUCCUCAAUCGUAGUAGUUUUCCCGAUAAUUUUGUUUUUGGAACUGCUGCAUCGGCAUUUCAGUACGAAGGUGCAACAAGUGAGGGUGGAAAAUCGCCAAGUAUAUGGGAUUACUUCAGCCACACUUUUCCAGAAAGAACCAAUAUGCAGAAUGCAGAUGUAGCGGUCGAUUUUUACCAUCGUUAUAAGGAUGACAUCAAGUUGAUGAAAGGGCUUAAUAUGGACGCUUUCAGAUUUUCGAUAUCGUGGUCUAGAUUAAUCCCCAGUGGGAAGUUAAAGGAUGGAGUAAACAAAGAAGGUGUACGGUUCUACAAUGCUCUCAUCGACGAGCUUAUUGCUAAUGGCAUUCAACCUUCCGUGUCCCUCUAUCAUUGGGACCAUCCUCAAGCUCUCGAGGACGAAUAUGGUGGUUUCUUAAGCCCUCAAAUAAUAAAAGAUUUUCAAGAUUUUUCAAGAGUAUGUUUUGAAGAAUUCGGAGACAAAGUUAAGAUGUGGACUACUAUAAACGAGCCUUACAUCAUAAGUGUUGCGGGCUACGAUACAGGCAACAAAGCGGUUGGACGUUGCUCGAAAUGGGUUAAUAGUAAGUGUCAAGCCGGUGAUUCCGCUAUCGAGCCUUAUAUUGCAUCACAUCAUCUUCUUCUUGCUCAUGCUGCAGCUGUACAAGAGUUCCGAAAAUGUAACAAGACUGCAAACGAUGGUCGGAUUGGGAUAGUGUUAUCGCCUUUGUGGUUUGAGCCUUAUGACUCUACUUCUCUUGCCGAUAACGAAGCUGUUAAGCGAGCUCUAGCCAUUGAACUAGAUUGGCAUUUAGAUCCAGUUAUUCACGGAGAUUAUCCAGAAAUAAUGAAGAAACAAGUUGGAAAUAGAUUACCUUCCUUCACAGCAGAACAAUCCAAAAUGUUAAAAAAUUCAUCCGAUUUCAUUGGAGUGAACUAUUAUACUGCUCGCUACAUUGCUCAUCUUCCUCACGUUGACCCUGCACGACCUCGAUUCAAGACUGAUCAACAGCUAGAAUGGAGAGUAACAAAUCACAGUAAUCACCAAAUGGGACCAGGGGAAGAUCGAGGCAUACUCCAGUCAGUACCAGAAGGUUUACGAAAAGUUCUUAACUACAUCAAAGAUAAAUACAAUAAUCCUACAGUCUAUAUAAAGGAGAAUGGAAUUAAUGACCACGACGACGGUACAAAAUCACGAGAGGAGAUUCUCAAGGAUACAUUUAGGAUAAAGUAUCAUGAGGACCACCUCCAACAACUCCACAAAGCUAUAAUAGAGGAUGGAUGUGACGUCAGAGGAUAUUACACGUGGUCGUUACUAGACAAUUUCGAGUGGGAGCAUGGAUAUUCUACUAGAUUCGGUCUGUACUAUGUUGACUACGACAACAAUCUCGAACGGUAUCCCAAAGAUUCCGUUAACUGGUUCAAGCAGUUUCUCCGUAGACUUGUCGUCAAGAAUGAAGAUACAGAGGAAGAAGUAUGGGAUGUGUCACGUGACAAAUCACAUGAGGGAUGGAGUAAUAAGACUAUGGAUGAUUCGGAAGGUUUCGAAGCAAACAUUGGCUCGAUUAUCUAUCUCAUGACGAACACAUCGAGAAGAGAAGAAGAAGAAAGGGAUCAAUGCACAUUCGAGAUUCCUUAUGAUCGGUUGAAUUUAUUGUUGGGGUCGCAUACUUCUUUUGGACUCUAGAGAUACGUUUUGUGGAUAUUUUUUUUUUUCAGAUUUCCAAACUAGAUUUUUUAUAUAAAUUAAAAAAAAAUUGCCAAUGUAGGGGGAAAUUUGUUGGCUGGAAAGAACAACAACUAAUGAGAUAUCCAUAAUUCAUUA